GCGAACACGAAUUCAAGAAGACAGAGCUGUAAGUUGCAGCAAUCAAAGCAAGGGGCCGAGUCUGAGAGUCCCGCAGCGCGUGCUGUUUUAUUCCUUUUCUCUUCAAAGAUACCCUAUUCCGCUCGAUUUCGCGAUGUUCUCUGCAAAAACUUCUGCGCCAGCCACUGGUGGGCUAUCUAUCAACACAUCCACAGCUAAUUCCUUAUUCUCUAACACAUCAACGUCUACAACACAACCUGCCACAGCGGGCUUGUUCGGAAACCAACAGAAGCCCACCGGAAGCCUUUUUGGAAACGCAGGGAGCACACAGACAACUGGGGGAGGAUUGUUCGGUGGACAAGGUGCGAACACGUCGAGUAGCACACAGCAGGGCGGCAUGGCAAGUGGAGGUUUAUUCGGAAAUACAGCAAAGCCUGCAACUCCCAGCUCUGGGUUGUUUGGCAAUACGAACACACAGCAGACAGGGACUACUGGUGGAGGGCUCUUUGGGAAUACCGCCAACACCCAGCAGCAGAAUACGGCAGGUGGUAGCAGUCUAUUCGGUGGAAAUCAGGGAACCAACACUCAAACUCAAACAAAGUCGCUUUUUGGGACAACUCCGUCUACCACUGGAACGGGUCUUUUUGGUAAUACUCAAAAUGCAACCCAGCAACAGCAAAAACCGACGCUAUCUAUCUUUGGAGCGCAGAAUACAACCACCCAACAGCCACAGGCAGCAGCUGCUCAAGGGACGGUCGUGCAAGGUGUCAGAAUAGAUGCUAGCAAUCUUCUGCCAACCACAAAAUUCGAGAGCUGUGCGGAUGAGAUUAAAAGAACCAUAGAACAAAUCGACACAUAUAUUCUGACUCAGAUUAAAACAUGCAACGAAGUCGCCGAUAUUAUACCUACAGUCGCGAGUCAAGGUUCUACGGUCCCGAACGAUGUUGAAUUUGUGUCAGGGAAGCUCGAAACUAUCCAACUAGCCUUGGAGAACGAUGCUCGUGAUAUUGAUGCAGUUCGCAACAUGGUAGCACGAAAUGCAGCAGAGGCUCAAGUAGCAUUCCGUGCGAUUGACAAUCUCAAACUGCCAUUGCAAUAUCAAUCUACAGGCGGAGGCUGGUGGUCUGUCUCCGAGCAACAGCUAUCUGAGCGCCAGACAUUGCGAUCCUCUAUCCGCAAUCGCAAGAGCACCCUCGCGCUACCUGACGGCGUUGAAGGUGAUCCAUCUACCGCUGAUUCGAUUAAUGGCAUACCCACAAACCUGGUCGAGUACUUCUCGCACCGGUCAGAUGAAAUGUCCACAGUUCUCGACAAUUACAGGAAGAAUCUUAAAGAAAUUGAAGACCAUCUUCACGGUGUAGAAGGGUCACUCAACAGGCAAAUUAACGAGUUUCUUUCUUCGCGCAAUCGUGACGACGGUGCUCCAGGUGGAGGCGCUAAGAACCAAUUGGCAGACCUCGCUGCUGCUCUGGGAGAUGUUGAAGCUGGUAUUUUGGGUGUCGCGAGCAGGUUGGGUGGUGUGAAGGAGGAAGUGCAGGAAUUGAUUCUUGGGCCCCCGACUCUUGGAAUGGGUCGACUUGGAUAGUUGAAUAAUGAAUGAUUGUACAUUAUGUGAUGAAAAUAUGUAUGAAACCUGCUUACUACCCCUAAAUAAGAAGCGCGUACGAUUUCUCG